AUGUCCGCCUCAGGGAGUGCUCAAGGGCAGCACCUGCUCCCUCUUGGGGACGCUUGUGAGUUCAACACGGCCGAGUUGGACUCAUUUGGCCGAUAUAUUCAUGUAGAAGAUCAAGGUCAAGCUGAAGAAGAUCGUGAGCGUUGGGUCGACCAGGGGGACAAGCUACCGGACUCCAUCAAGAUACCAUCAGUCAAACUCAUUCCGAUCGAGAGGCUGAAAGCCAACGGAUCCAACUUCGAAUGGUGGAAAUACAGCGUCAGGCAGUCAUUGUCUAUUAUCCAGAUCCAACAAGUCAUCUGUGCCAAACUACAGCGGCCCAACCCCAGAGCGCGUAACAGGUACGACUGGAAUAAAUGGUCUAAGUUUGCCGCCCAUUGGAUAUCAGCAAUGCUACACGAUAACACACGCUUCGAAAUAAAAUGCGGCUUGAAAGCUCCCGAGUGGGCGGUUUACGCGGACGACCUCGUUUGUGACAUUGACAAUUGGUUCAAAGCGAAAGAGACCUCGACCAAAGUUGCACAAGAGAUGAGAAAGUGGGACAAUAUGCAACGAAGCAAUUUCUCCUCUGCAACCAAGUAUCUCACCGCAAGUCUGAGGCAGCUUAGCAUAUUGGACGCAUACGGCAUGCGACCGCAUCCGUUUUGGAUCCUAAUCAAGGUCAUGGAUAACCUGGAAGGACAGCUUGGUAAAAUCGAGUUUAUCAAAGAGAGGAUCUCAAUCAGCGAUAAAUCAAUGAGGCCGCAAGACAUGACGUGGCCCAUCUUUUACGAAUUUUUCAACGAAAUCGAACGCGCUGCCUAG